ACUUCACGUGCUUACCUUCUUCGUCGUUCAAGUAGAUGAAGGCACCGAAAUUCUUCGCCGUUCAAGUAGAUGAAGACCCUGAAAGCAACGUCUAUUUAAGAACCCAACCCAACCCAACCCAACAACACAAAGGAGUACUAUUAGCUAGCUAGGCCUGUAUUUUGCUUUGACCUUCAAAUAUAGCUUUCGAUCAUCAAAAACUACUUUUUGUAAAAACCAAAUUCCAUGGCCACUCAACAUAUCGGAAAGAAGUCUGCGUGCGUCGUCGGCGGCACCGGCUUCGUGGCAUCUUUGCUGGUCAAGCUCUUGCUUGAGAAGGGCUAUGCCGUCAACACCACUGUCAGGGACCCUGACAAUCAGAAGAAGAUCUCUCACCUCAUAGCACUACAAGAUUUGGGGGACCUAAAAAUCUUUGGAGCAGAUCUAACCGAUGAAGGAAGCUUUGACGCUCCCAUAGCAGGCUGUGACUUUGUGUUCCAUCUUGCAACACCUGUUAACUUUGCUUCAGAAGAUCCAGAGAAUGACAUGAUCAAGCCAGCAAUCCAAGGAGUACAUAAUGUUCUGAAAGCAUCUGCAAGAGCAAAAACUGUUAAACGUGUCGUUUUGACAUCAUCUGCAGCUGCUGUAACGAUCAACAAGCUCAAUGGGACUGGUUUAAUCAUAGACGAAAGCCACUGGACCGACGUCGAGUUUUUGAGUACUGAGAAGCCACCUACUUGGGGUUAUCCUGCUUCCAAGACACUGGCCGAGAAAGCAGCUUGGAAAUUUGCUGAAGAAAAUAAUAUUGAUCUCAUCACAGUGAUUCCUACUCUUAUGGCUGGUGCUUCUCUCACUCCGGACGUCCCCAGCAGUGUUGGUCUAGCUAUGUCUCUAAUUACAGGCAAUGAAUUCCUCAUAAAUGGAAUCAAAGGUAUGCAAAUGCUGUCAGGUUCAAUAUCUAUCACCCAUGUGGAGGAUGUUUGCCGGGCCCAGAUACUUUUGGCUGAGAAAGAAUCUGCUUCUGGUCGAUACAUAUGCUGUGGUGUCAAUACCAGUGUUCCUGAGCUUGCAAAGUUCCUCAACAAAAGAUACCCUCAAUACAAAGUCCCAACUGACUUCGGAGAUUUUCCCUCCAAGGCCAAGUUGGCCUUAUCUUCAGAUAAGCUUAUCAAAGAAGGGUUCAGCUUUAAGUACGGGAUUGAAGCAAUUUAUGAUCAAACCGUGGAGUAUUUCAAAGCUAAGGGCCUGCUGCAGAACUAAGACAAUGGUUUUUUUGUUCCUCUUCAAGAGCCUAUUGAGUAUUGAUGCUCUAGUUUAUUCCUUCAGCGAUGCUCUAAGCUUGGUUGCAUGCAGUAUUGUAUAAUAAACAACUAAAUUUGCUUAAAUUUGAUAUGGUAGACUUGUCGUUUACCAAGAAUCUAAA